GUGCGCGUUCUCGUGUUUUGAACAAGUCGACGUGCUCGCGCUCCUACUGACGACUUACCUUGCAAACCGGAGCUUCUCUGCUGAAGUUAAUCCAGAACAUCAAACCUGUGUAAACUCGACCAAGUUCAACCAUUACAUUAAGAGCGGGUGCUUUGUUUCUCAAGUCUCUUCCUGGUUUCUGUAAUUCCUCGGGAGGAUUAUUGAUCCGUUCAGAGUUUUGAACGUUUCUGCGGUUUGCGGGCGCUUCUCGUCGUUUCAUUUGAGGAGUGGAGUAUGUGGGCCAGCUGCUGCGGCUGGCUCUGUCUGGAUGACUCCACCGUGGACGACACCAGGAGCAGCACACGUCACCAGGCCUUCACCAACUCGGGCUUCAGCAGUUACCCAUCUCCCACUGCUCCAGAACACACCUGCAAGGCUUGUGGAGGCCGCUUCGACAGCAUAGCCAGAAAGCACAUGUGCAUGGACUGCAAGAAAAGCUUCUGCAGCCGCUGCUCCACGCAGCAGGACCUCCAGCCAUGGCUAUGCCCCACAUGCCAGCGUUUCCGGGGGAUCCUGUUCGAGCGCGGCGAGCUGAUGAAGCUCAAGGUGAAGGAUCUGAGGGACUACCUCCACCUGCACGGGAUCCCCACGCAGAUGUGCCGCGAGAAAGAGGAGCUGGUGGAGCUGGUCCUCGGCCAGCAGACGCCUAUAUCUGACACACACAUUCCUCCACCCCUAGUGAGCACACAGGGACCCCCUGACACCCCAGUCAUAACCGUGAGCCCGCUGGCGGACAACAGCACUACUGAACUGGGACCUCGGACUCGAGCAGAGGUGGGUAGAAGCUUGGCUGAGGCGACAGCUGAAGGCGAGACGGACGCUGAGCUGCAGGAGGAGCAGGAGUCGCAGUCCUCAGACUCGGAGGAAGUGCUGGCUCCGGGGCGACGGGCAUCUCUCUCUGACCUCCGAUCAGUGGAGGACAUCGAGGAUCUGAGCGUCCGGCAGCUGAAGGAGAUCCUGGCCAGGAACUUCGUGGACUAUAAGGGCUGCUGUGAGAAAUGGGAGCUGAUGGAGAGAGUGACGCGUCUGUACCACGACCAGAAGGACCUGCAGAACAUGGUGUCUAACGCCACAGAAGGCACAGACGCUGGCGCUGGGCCGGCCGUGGACGAGAGCCUGUGUAAGAUCUGUAUGGACUCGCCCAUCGACUGUGUUCUUCUGGAGUGCGGACACAUGGUCACGUGCACAAAGUGUGGCAAGCGCAUGAGCGAGUGUCCCAUCUGCCGACAGUACGUGGUGCGAGCAGUGCACGUGUUCAGAUCCUGAGCAUCAAGAGCCGUUCUCCACUCCCACAAUCCUUACUGUAGAAAACCAUCAGGUGGCCUUUAAUUCAUGCACGGUUAUCUUGUGCCACUUUACACAAUAGCAAAUAAGAUCUCUCGAGUGACAACUGUACUGGCUUCAGUUUAAUUUUCUUCAAGUAACUUCUAAAGUGUGCCUU